CAGAGAAGUUACGCAGCUCAAAGCCUGUAUAUGCCUGCCCUAUGUUAUUUUACGACUUGAUUGAAAGAAGUGUUUCCUACUACAGGCCACGCCGUAUAAAAUGUACAGCCCCGAGAACUGCGACUUACAUAGACAUGACAUGCCUGAUUCCGAGGGAAUGAAGGCAUUUCACCCGCAUGGAACGAAACGCCACGCGGUCGAAAUGUAUGAAGAUAAAUUAGAAGAGAUGUCGGCUAGAAAGAAAUCAAGAAAUUAUCUCGACACGCACAAAAGUAUAGAGAAAAGACGCCGUGACCGAAUAAACAGUUGUUUAAAUACUUUGAAAACACUAGUACCCGGAUGUAGGGUGUAUAAUGUUACGGCAUAUGCAGCCAAGAAGUUAGAAAAAGCUGAAAUAUUGGAGAUGACAAUUGAUUAUUUAAACAAGAUUCAUCAAAUCUACCCAGACGGCUUGUUGAACGACAAGGCGGGGUGUUGCGGCGGCAAUGAUCAAUUGGUAAAUGAAAUAACACAAUGGGUUCAAGAAAAGAAACGUUGCCAUAACAACGUAGACGAUUUCGUCCACACUCUUAUAGGUUAUUUGCAAACUUGCAAUGAAAGAUCAAGGUAUGACACUAUAUUACAUAGUGCCAUCAAAUCAGAGCCUCUUAGUCAUGAGUGUAGCAAAAAGCAUUGCAAAUUCGACGUAUCUAGAAUUGAACGAGGUCGACAUUCUAAUAAUGACAAGUUAGACGAGCCGCUACCAACGCUUCAGCGUGAAAAUGGGUCGCCACUACCAGAUCAUGCUAAUCGCGAUGACUCAUCGUGCUCAUCUAGCGAGUGUUCUAUUAUCGGGAGUGGAAAGAUGCCAAGUCCACCGUUGAUGACGGGGCCAACCGAUCACCUCAGUACAUUUCAACCAGCAUUUUCUGAUCUUUUAAAAUCACUAGGCCAAGCCAGUGCAGUAUCUACACCUAGCUAUUACGAUUUUCAAAAGCAUCCAAGCGGAUAUCCAACAUCCCACCAACAAUUACAUAGUCGCCAGGCUAGCCACACAGACAAUCAAAACGUGAGGAACCCAUCGACUUGUACCCCAUGUAACUCACUUGACGAAGCAUGCACCUGUGGGGCAACAGCUCGAAUGCAAAAUAAGCUACAGGCAGAACAUCUUAACAAUGAACACGAAUUUCCACCAAUGUUAAAUGCCCAAUCACCAGCAAUGAACAUGAACGCUCUUCAACACAUGGUCACACAGCAUUUAAAACUUCCAGGUACAUCGCAAUCACUUCUGAGUUCAUUGGCUGCACUGACUUGUAACAUUGUAGCCCAAACGUUGCAGAAACCACCAGCACCUCCAUGUCCUCCGCGAUCACCACGACCUCCACCACCAACACCGUCCGAUCGUCACUACCACCAACACCCACCACCACCGCCAUCACCACCACCUCCGCGACCAAUGUCACAGCAGUCUCGCCAACACCACCAUUAUCACCCACGUGUACAGCGACAACAGGUCAAUAUCAUUGCGGAUUACCAACACCAACCAAGGAAUGGAGACGUCCACGAUACCAGUAACAGCACCCAUAGGUACAAUGCAUCCUCAGAAUACACUGGAGGCCCCUUCCCACAAAAGAAUGGAGCUGACCGGGACACUAGCAACAACAGCCAUGGAUACUAUACGCCUGAGUAUUCUGGGUCCCCAUUUCCACAGAAGAAGAACCAACACAUUACCAACAAUGAAGACGUGGUAGUAGAUAAUAUGCAAAGUCUGAUGCAAGACCCAGUGAAACUAAAUAACCAAGAAUCAGAUGAAGAACGGCAAAGCCGAGACGAUUCGUGUAUUUUAGGAAACGAGAAUCAAAACAGUCCAGUAUGUAGCAGCUCAUUCACCGACCUGCUGAGAGUUCUGGAAACUACUGCAUGGCAACCAUCUACCGUUCCUGAAGUAGGCGACGACAAUACUGUAUCUCUGCACGAUCUAUCUGCGUGCAUACCUGGACAAGAAUAGAACACAUUGCGUCAGACUUCCAACGUUUCGUCAUAUCCGAUUAGAAAUUAUCUAAAGCAAACACCGCGAACAAUGACGGACAUGGUAUUAUUCGGAAAGGAGUAUACACCGAUACUAACACAAUUUCCUCCACUGACAUUGUAUUCUUAUUUUAAUAGAGGUCAUGGGUCAAUCAGUUUUUGAACUUCUUUUUACUUUCACGGGUAUAAUACAUGAUUUACCAUGCACAUUCUCAGAAUAUCGUCAAAAUAUAAAUAAAAUAUUAAUA